CUGUCAUAUGUCACCUGUGACUUGUGAGGCUUCUCGAAAUCGACAGGGUUUCUUGAUUGUGUUCUGUGGUUUUUUGUGUCGGUUAAUUGAUAUCUUUACCAGUAAUAAAGUUAUUUACAAUACUAAAAAAGCAUUAAGCUAAUUAGAUUUGAUAUAUAGAUCUAAAUUAGAAACACAAUGGGUUCGGAGACUGUAGCUACACCGCCGUCGGUAUCAUGGGCGCAACGAAAUUCGCGUGUUUUUCUGACUUUUAAUGUUGAAUGUGAAAAACCUGAAAUAAAAAUCGAAAAACAGUUAGUAUCCUUCAAAGGAAUAGGUGCACCAGAGCAAAAAUUAUACGAAGUUGAAAUUCCAUUAUAUGCAGAAAUAAACCCUGAAAAGAGUACUCAGGUUAACAAAGGGAGAUUAAUUGAACUAGUGUUAGCCAAAGAAAAAGCCGAUAGUGUAUUUUGGCCAACGCUAACUAGUGAUAAGAAGAAACAUCAUUGGCUCAGGAUUGAUUUCAAUAGAUGGCAAGAUGAGGAUGAGAGUGGUGAUGAACCAACGGACGACAUGUUUUAUAAUAUGAUGGACAAUGAUAAGUAUGAAAAUGAUGACACCAGCUCCGUGGAAGAUGAAGAUCUCCCAGAUAUAGAAUAGUCUAAUUAGCUUUAAUGUUUGUGAUCCGGAUUUGAUUUUAUGAAUUGUUAGUUUUAACUAUGUAGCGAUUGAUACAUGAAACGUCUGAUUAUUUGCUUAGUUGAGAUAAAUUGGUGCAGUAUUUUACUCAACCAUUGAAUGAAAUUUAGUACAAUUGAAUCUUGUUUAUUAUGUUAUAACUAGCAUUUAAAACAUGUAGCAUAGCUAGAUUUUUAUAAACCUAAUAUGUGGUGUGGCAUUUAAACUCGUGAGUUCUUACUACUUUGUGUAAUUUUAAAUUCAUCACUUUUUUGUUUGAUAAAUAAAAUUAUGGAAAUAACUUUACAUAAUUUUAAAUCAAUAAUAUGUUAAACUUAAUUAAGAUAUACGCAUCUUAUACUGGUGAAUAAAACUUAGUUUUAAUUUA